AUGAUUGUGGACUACAGGAAAAGGAGGACCGAGCAUACCCCCAUUCUCAUUGACGGGGCUGCAGAGGAGCAGGUUAAGCGCUUCAAGUUCCUUGACCGCGGGAAUGGCCCGUUCAACACCGCUGCAACUUCGGCAGCUGCAACUGGCCUGUCCGACACCGCUGCAACUUCGGCAGUAGCAACUGGCCCGUCCGACGCCGCUACAACUUCGGCAGCUGCAACUGGCCCGUCCGACGCCGCUGCAACUUCGGCAGCUGCAACUGGCCCGUCCGACGCCGCUGCAACUUCGGCAGCUGCAACUGGCCCGUCUGACGCCGCUACAACUUCGGCAGCUGCAACUGGCCCGUCCGACGCCGCUACAACUUCGGCAGCUGCAACUGGCCCGUCCGACGCCGCUGCAACUUCGGCAGCUGCAACUGGCCCGUCCGACGCCGCUACAACUUCGGGAGCUGCAACUGGCCCGUCCGACGCUGCUGCAACUGGCCCGUCCGACGCCGCUACAACUUCGGCAGCUGCAACUGGCCCGUCCGACGCCGCUAGAACUUCGGGAGCUGCAACUGGCCCGUCCGACGCCGCUGCAACUGGCCCGUCCGACGCCGCUGCAACUUCGGCAGCUGCAACUGGCCUGUCCAACACCGCUGCAACUUUGGCAGCUGCAACUGGCCCGUCCAACGGCGCCACAACUUCGGCAGUAGCAACUGGUCCGUCCGACGCCGCCGCAACUUCGGCAGCUGCAACUGGCCCGUCCGACGCCGCUACAACUUCGGCAGUAGCAACUGGCCCGUCCGACGCCGCUACAACUUCGGCAGCUGCAACUGGCCCGUCCGACGCCGCUGCAGCUUCGGCAGCUGCAACUGGCCCGUCCGCCGCCGCUACAACUUCGGCAGCUGCAACUGGCCCGUCUGACGCCGCUACAACUUCGGCAGCUGCAACUGGCCCGUCCGACGCCGCUGCAACUUCGGCAGCUGCAACUGGCCCGUCCGACGCCGCUACAACUUCGGCAGCUGCAACUGGCCCGUCCGACGCCGCUGCAACUGGCCCGUCCGACGCCGCUGCAACUGGCCCGUCCGACGCUGCUGCAACUGGCCCGUCCGACGCCAAGCUACAAUCUCGGGCUGCAACUGGCCCGUCCGACGCCGCUACAACUUCGGGAGCUGCAACUGGCCCGUCCGACGCCGCAACUUCGGCAGCUGCAACUGGCCCGUCCGACGCUGCUGCAACUGGCCCAUCUGUCGCUGCUGCAACUGGCCCGUCCGACGCUGCUGCAAUUGGCCCGUCUGACGCCGCUACAACUUCGGCAGCUGCAACGGGUCCGUCCGAUACCGCCGCAACUUCGGCAGCUGCAACCGGCCCGUCUGUCUGA